GGAACGGAACGUAAGCUGAAUGGAAUGGGGAAGAAAGAGAGGUGUGUGUGAAAGGGACGGGGAGUGUGAUGGCGGUUGGAGAUGAGUGUGCGUGCGGGGUCGGAUUUUUAAUUCUUUUAAAAAUAGAAAAAGACGAUUAUUUGCAAACCUAAGUUUUAUUUCCGCCAUCCCUCAAUUUGGGGGCUCGUCCGGGAUAAAAAAAAACCAGUGCUACGACGCGUAAAUACGACGAUUACUACAAGACGGUGCGCGGGCCGACCACGCCGCCACGUGCUCGAAAAUCUACGACGAAAACGACGAGUAUUUUUGCAAUCUACGACGAAUACGACGAGUAUUUUUGCAAUCUACGACGAAACGACGAGUAUUUUAUAAUAACGACGACACGAAGAGUAUUUCCAAGACGGAACAACGAUUUUUACGACGACGAACAAUGGCUGCGAGCGAAAAUAAAGGAAUCGAGCUAACUACGGCGAUGGGUGGAUUAUACCUAGACGGCAUUACAAAGUUUAGCGGCGACGACACCGAAUCAUCCUCAAAAUGGGCGCAAGACUUGGAGGACAACGCUGCGAUCUUCGACUGGACACCCCAGCAGAAGCUCGUUUUCGCUCGGAGAUCAUUGACUGGCACGGCUGGUCUAUGGCUGAAAAGCGAGAAGGUUUUCAGAACAUACGACGAGUUGAAGACGGCUGUUUUAAAAGAGUUUCCAGACACGAUGAACACAAAAGAAGUACACGAAAUCAUGUCUGCGCGAAAGAAGCAAAGAAAUGAGACGUUUUACGAGUAUAUGCUAAUCAUGAGAGAGUUGGGGCGCAAAGCUAAAUUUCCCGACUAUGUUAUUGUACAAUACGUCAUAGAUGGAAUCAUCGAUUAUGAACCUAACAAGUCUAUUCUAUAUGGAGCUACGACGUUCCCAGUGUUGAAGGAAAGAUUACAACUAUAUGAGAAAAUGAAGAAUAAAGCUAAGACUACGAGUGAAACUCAAGCUAAGAAAAGUAAGCCACAACUGCAGCAACGAAUGAACAGGUGUUACAAUUGCGGCGAAACGGAUCAUGUGGCUAAUAAAUGCAGAAAAGGAAUCAAGUGUUUUCGGUGCAAUAAUUAUGGACACAUAGGAAAGCAGUGUCCGAAAAUUAACGACCAAGUUGCGUCGGUAAAACAGCACUCAAAAAUGUUACCUUCAGAGGGCGCCACUGCACGUACACCGUCGGUAAAACAGCGCUCAGCGAACUUCAACAUGGACGUGACAAGUGACAGUGUUGAUUUUGACAACCAAACGUCACACGAAAGAAAUGAGGUUAUGCAAAUCGAAAACAAAGGCAGAAAUUCAUCUACGAAGCCGAUGAUUAUGGUGAAAAUUGAAAAUUUAUCAGUGAACGCGCUUAUAGACUCCGGCAGCGACUUCAAUUUGAUGUCUCACCAGUGUUUUGUUGCCAUUGGAGCGGAGAAAUAUGAAGAUAACCUAAAUUUAACCGGACUUGGACGCACGAUAGUGAAUUCAUUGGGAAAAGUGUACUUGGACAUUACGAUCGACGGCAAAAACUAUAAUAAUGUGUUAUUUCAUAUUGUAAACAGCGACGCUAUGCCUUUUGAUAUGAUUUUAGGCCAGGAAUUACUUCAAAAACUUACCAUGAUUAUGAGUGGUUACAAAGUUAAGUUUUUGUCUGAAAGGGAUGAAUGGAUGUCUAAGUUGUGUUGUUUUUCAGAUUCAACAGUAGAAGUGGAUCAUAUUGUCAAUCCUGCAGUGAGAGGGAAAGUCCUUCAGUGUAUUGAAGAUUAUAAUCCAACCCAAAUUAAAGAUGCACCCAUUGAGUUGAAGAUUGUUUUAAAAGACGACGUGCCUGUAGCUCAAAGACCACGACGCUUGUCUUUGAUGGAGCAAAAGAUUGUUGAACAACAGGUAAAGGAGUGGCUGGAGGAUGGUGUUAUUCAACAGAAGACGAAAAACAAGCAGUCGAACGACUUCAGCUUGUGUUAAAGGUGGCUGCAGAAUAUGGACUUAAGAUAAACUGGAAGAAGGCAAACUUGAUCAAACCUGAAAUUGAAUAUCUAGGCCACGUAAUCAGUAAUGGAG